AUGGACUUCGGCGGCUGGUUGGGCGCGGCGAACCUCGUUGCGACCUGGGCAUCUCACUGUGCCCGCGCCUUCGAUAUCUCUCCGCCCGAGUGCCUCUGCCGCUGUGAGGUGGCCGCCAGCGCGGCCGCGGGGGCAGCGCCUCGCAGCGGCGCCGACGCACCAGGCCUGGAGCUGGCGCUGGACCGCUGCCUGGGCGCCCUCAGCGCUCCGCCGAGCCCAGCCCCUGCGACGACUACUUGCACGGCGGGGACUCCGCCUCUCUGCGCGCUGCUGCCGCCGCCUGCCUGGGUCGGCCUGGCGGCGCCCCUGCUGCUCGUGGGCUUCGCGCUCGGGGUGGUCAGCCGCGGCUGCUGCGAGCCACGUCCUCGGGCCCGCUCCCCCGCGGGGACGCACCUGCGGCCGGGCGCCUACACGGGCCCCGCGUCGCCGCUGGCCCUCGGGGUGCUGAUCGAUUUCUUUGACGACCCCAACGGGUUCUUCUGGCACCAUCGCCUCCUCUUGCAGACCGACGGCAAGGGGAUGUGGACGGCCGUGACGCCCACAGGCUCCGUGCAGGUGCUGAACCUCGGCCUGCACCGCGCGCUGCCCCUGGAUCGGAAUGAGAUCAUUCCAGCACCGUAUCGAGACGAGUGCUUCAUCUUCGAUCCCAUCACGGCGGCCGAGCUCGCCGAGUUCGUGAGGCGAGGGCGCACGCUGGCGGCGGUGCGCGGCAUCACCUCCAUCGGCAGCGCGGCCCCCGACACAGUCAGGCGGAUCGCGGACCCGGCUCACGCGGCCUUCGCGUCCGCGGUGCCCGAGGCGGCGAUCGCCGAUCAUGCCUGCUUCGUCGCCCGGGGGCCGAGCGGCCUAGCGAUGGUCGACGGCCACUGGGUCCACGCCGAGGCGGUCGAGGUGGGGCAUGAGGAGACCUGGCGGCUCGACAAGGUCACGGCCUUCGGCCGCGACCCUCGUGUGACUGGAUUGGUUCGCGACCGUCGUGGAGCGCCCUACAUCUCGGAGGAGGGCGCCUUGACUCGCUUCGAGAAUACGAAGAUCGAGCACUUCCCCUUCGCGGGGCCUCGGGCGGCCGUCGAGCUCUUGCAGAGCUUGCGGGCCCAGGGCCAGUCGCUCGCGUCUCACCGCCACGAGUGGUCCAGGAAGUCGGGUGUCAACGUCAACGGCGCCGCGGCCCGCGAGCACUUCUUCCUCUCGGAGGUGCUCCGCUGGGAGGUGCAGUUCGACCAGCUCGACGUCUCGAUGCUGGCCAGCACGGAGCUCCUGUUCCUCCGCCUCGUGCAGAUCGAGGCGGCGGUCCGCCGCAACCCCGAGGUCCCCGACUUCACUGGGUUGGGCGUCCUGGCGAGCGCGUCCACCGACGAGAGCGGAGCUGCCACGACGGCGGCGUUCUCCCAGUGGGUCGCGGACCGCCAGAAGGAUCAAGCUACCAUCGCGAAGCAGGGCCGCCUGCUCCGCGAAGAGAAGGAAGCCUUGUUUGAGCUUCUCAAGACCACCGACUUAUACGACACAGAGCCACAGGGCCUCGAGGUCUUCGACGCUGAUCGCUUGAAGGUCUUGAAGCGCCCCACCAACCCCAAGCCGCUGGAAUCUGUGCUGACGGGCCAUGCGCUCACGCAGUACCUCGAGUCCGAGCGGCACCUGGAGCGUUCCGCCGCCGAAGUGGAGGCGCGCAUCCAGGACGGGCUGAUCACCCCAGUGAAACCGUACUGGGACCCGAAGCUCCGCUCCUAUCGCAGCGCCCUCUUCGACUUCCUGAAGGGCCUGCUGGCCUGCGGGCUGGGCGGACUCCGGACCUCGAUCAGAGCCCGCAUCGCAUUGUUCUUCCGUGCCAAGGAGGACGGGGCCCAGCGCAUGAUCGUGGAUGCCCAGGAGACGAGCCAGCUCAUGCGGGAGCCCCCGCGCGCGCAGCUGGGGGGCCCCGGCGCCCUCCGCGACCUUGACCUGAGUGAGACCGCCUUCGAGGUCGCGGGCUGCGACCCGCGGGCCGCCGACAUCCACAUCGCCAGCCUGGACCUGUACCAGGGCUUCUACCAGUGCCGGGCCAAGAGGCUGGGGCGUUGGUUCGGGGUGGAGUUCGGUUUCCCUGCCCGCGACUGGGGCGCCACCGCCUGCUACGACGAGGAUGCGGAGCGCGACCUGCCCGUCGACGGCGACACCACGCUGCACUUCGUCAUGGAGGUGCUCUGCAUGGGCUUCAGCUGGGCCCUCUACUCCUGCCAGGCGAUCAUGGAGGAUACCGCCCUCGCUGCCGCAGGCCCUCGCGCCUGGCCCCCUGGUCGCCCCCACCUCCCGCUGGGCGGCUUGUUGCGCGAGGGCGCCCCCGUGCCCCUGGUCGCUCCUGGUCGCCCAGUCUUCUCGGUGUACGUCGACAACGGCGCUGUGAUCGGCUUCGACCGCGAGGGUACCGAGCGCGGCCUCGACCUGUACCUGGCUCGCUUGGAGGAAAUGGGGUUCAUCGUCCACGACAUCGAGCGGGCGCAGACCGCGCUCGCGGUGGUUGGCCUUCGCUUCCUGGGCGGCUCUCAGCUCCAGCUCCUGCCGACUGAGAAGUACACCUGGCGGCUUUACCUGGCCCUGGGUCGCCUCAUCGAGCAGGGGGGGUGUCCUGGCGUCGCCCUCGAGCGCGUCGUCGGCCACAUCGUGCACCACUUCCGCCUGAUGCCCUGGGGCCUCUCCGCCUUGGACCACUGCUACCGCCUUCUCCAUCGGCACAGCCGGCGUGAGUGGGGGUGGUUCAGUGCGUCCCUGACCGAGGAGCUCCGGGUCCUGAAGGGGCUUGUGAAGCUGGUCGAUGUGGAUCUGGCGGCGCGGCGGGCUCCCAUCGCGUUCUCGGGCGACAGCUCGUUCUUCGGCUGCUCGCUCUCCUUCGCGCGGGCGCCCGCCGCCGACAUCCUGGGCGCCAACGCCUUCGGUUCGCUGGGGCUCGACAUCGCGGGCAUCGCGGAGCAGGGGGUCACCUCGUCAUCUUCGCGACGACGGCGGACUCCCUGCCGCGUCGUGGAGGCGUCGGACUCCUUCCGCGCCCUGGACGACUCCUGGACGGACCCCACCCGCUGGCGCAACAUCGUGAAGGGCGGCUGGGCUUACCACAACGCCAUCCACCUGAAGGAGGCUCGCGUCGCGCUCAUGCAGCUUCGGCGCGCGGCACGCUGCACCGCGGUGCACGGCAUGCGCCUGCUGGGCCUCACCGACAACCUGAGCGCGUUGCUGGCCUUCAUGAAGGGCCGGGCCGCGGACUUCUGGCUGCGGCUCCUGGCGCGACAGGCGGCGGCCCUGGCUAUCGGCGCUGAGAUCGCGUGGCACUUGCGCUACAUCGAGAGCGCCCGCAACUGCACGGACUGCGACUCGCGGGCGGCCGACCGCGGGGAGGUCGGCCCGGGCCAGGCUAUCUUGGGCGCUACUCGCGCCUGCCGCCUCGCCCUGGACGCCGCCGAGUGGAGCCGCCCGCCGCCGCUCGCCCCAGGAGGGCCUGAGGCCGGCGAGCCUUGGCCGGCCCCCGCGCCCCGCCAGGUCCUGCUGCUGCGCCCGCUGCUGUUCGCCAAGUCGGCUGACGGCGGCUCAUUGCAGCGGCUGGGCUUCUGGGCGCCACGGCCGCCCCGCGGCCGCGCUGGCGACGGCAAGACUGCUACGUGCUCUACUUCUUCGAGGCGGGCGCGCCUGCCGCCGCGGCUGCACGCGGCGGCGCAGCCGCCUCCUGAGCCGGU